AUGGAGGCGACCCACGCACUCAAGGACCCGUGGUUUCUCAGCUAUAUUCCACAGCUCACUCCGGACACGGUGAAGUACGACUUCAAGGGCGACUGGGCCCUGGCGAAGCAGACGCUGCAGCAGCCGCUAGACUACAUUCGCACAGUGGAGGAGCUUUGGUCUACCAUGAACUCGUUGCCCAAGUUGCACCAGCUGGGUAAUGGCGGUACAUUUAUAUUUGCCCGCAACAACAUUGACGCGAGCUACGAGGCGUUCCCGAACGGAACGCGUCUCCUUUUAGACCUCUACAAGGCAGCGGUGGCGGAGAAGGCAGUAGACGUGGUAGUGAGCGCAGUUUUAGGGGAGUCACUGACGCAGGACGUAUGUGAGGGAAAAACGGUGUGUGAUGUUUUGCGUCUCUCGUCGCGCCCUAAUCACGAGUCACCUGAAUUAGUGCGCCUGGAGGUGUGGCUCAGCGAUCAGUCGUACUCCAAGGCGGUGGUGGCGUAUAUUCGGAAGGGACUGAAGGAUGCUGGAUUGACCUUUACUGACAUUAUUAUGGGCGAGUCCUCCUUUGAAAAGGACAAGAAAAAGAAACCAGGGGCCAACACAAAAUGA